CUGACCAUUAACAAUCGAAUCCACUUACAUACGGAGCUUCAAAAGAAGAGGCUGCUGCAGAGUGAGAAGGCUGUGAAAGUGUGCAGACUAGCAAGUGUUUUAUAUUAGGUAUAAUAAGUGCUUUAUAUUAAAAGUCACCAUGGCAUUUGUAACUCUUAAUAAUGGAGCUAAAAUGCCAAUUUUUGGACUGGGAACAUGGAGGUCUGCUCCAGGUGAGGUCACAGAGGCUGUAAAGGCAGCCAUCCUGGCCAGCUACCGCCACAUUGAUGGAGCCCAUGUGUAUGAAAAUGAGAAUGAAGUUGGGGAAGGAGUCAAUGCCAUGAUUAACCAAGGAGUGGUGAAGAGAGAGGACCUAUUCAUAGUCAGCAAGCUGUGGUGCACUUACCAUGAAAAACACUUGGUAAGAGGAGCCUGUGAAAAGACUCUAAGUGACCUAAAACUGGACUAUGUUGAUCUCUACCUAAUGCACUUUCCCAUGGGCACUAAGCCUGGAAAGGAGUUUUUCCCAUUCGAUAAGAAUGGCCAAGUAAUUCCAGACAACAGCAACUUUCUAGAAACAUGGGAGGCAAUGGAAGAGUUAGUGGAUGCUGGGUUGGUCAAGGCCAUUGGUGUCUCCAACUUCAACCGGGAUCAGAUUGAGAGAAUUCUCAAUAAACCAGGACUCAAGUACAAACCUGCCAACAAUCAGAUCGAGUGCCAUCCAUAUCUGACUCAGGAGAAGCUGAUUAACUACUGUCAGUCCAAAGGCAUUACAGUCACUGCAUACAGUCCUCUGGGUUCCCCAACCAGACCAUGGGCACAGGCAGGUGAGCCAUCACUGUUGGAGGACCCAAAAAUCAAGGCCAUUGCAGAUAAGCAUGGUAAAACCACAGCACAGGUUCUAAUCCGCUUCCACAUGCAGAGGAAUGUUGUGGUCAUUCCCAAAUCUGUAAACCCUAAGAGAAUCAAAGAGAAUUUCGAGGUCUUUGAUUUUGAACUGAGUAAAGAAGAGAUGAACACCAUACUGAGUUUUAAUAGAAACUGGAGAGCUUUUAUGCUGGAAUGGGCUUCCAAGCAUAAGGAUUAUCCAUUGAAUGCAGAAUACUAAUUAAUCCAGUUUCUAACUGCAAUAUGAAGUAAAUGUGACUUCUGCAUUUCUCAUCAGGGAUAAAUGAAGUAUGUCAGUAAUCUGGUAAGAGAUUGCAAGAAAGAUAUGAGCAAAACCACUAUCAACAUUUACUCAACUGUAAUAC